UGAAUGCUGUCCGCAUACUUUUUUAGCAAACUUUUUUCCAAUUUUUUUUUGUAAGCUUUCCCAUAACCCAUCAUCUUAUAUGACCACUUUAAAAUCUUAUAACAAAUCAUAAUACCAUUUGAAUUAGAUCUUCUCAGAUUCAAACAAUCAUUCAUGAUGACUAUUCUUACUUCACAAAUAUCAUUUCUUUUGCUUAUAUUUAUAACCACAUUCCACAAAAGCAUGUGCAGCAAUCACACAAUUUUUCGAUGCAAUGAGAAAGAUCAUGAGACACUGUCAACCUUCAAAAAGGGCAUCAAUGAUAGUUUUGGUCGGAUUUCAACGUGGUCAACUGAAAAAGAUUGUUGUGUUUGGAAAGGAGUCCUUUGUGACAAUAUUACAAACAGAGUUACAAAACUUGAUCUCAACUACAAUCAAUUGGAAGGUGAGAUGAAUCUUUGUAUUCUUGAACUUGAGUUUCUUAAUUACUUGGAUUUGAGUGAUAAUUAUUUUGAUAUGAUAAGAAUUCCAUCCAUUCAACACAAUAUCACACAUAUAUCUAACCUUUUGUACCUUGACUUAUCCUUUAACUACGGUCCUACUCUGCACAUGCAUAAUCUUCAUUGGCUUUCUCCACUUUCUUCCUUGAAAUAUCUCUCCCUUAGUGAGAUUGAUCUUCACAAGGAAACCAACUGGUUUCAAGUAGUAAAUUCACUUCCUUCACUAUUAAAAUUAAAGUUGUUUAAUUGUAACCUGAACAACUUCAUAAUUAACACAUCUAUUGGGUAUUUGAAUUUGUCUUCACUUAUAACUCUUGAUCUUUCAGGAAAUAAUUUAACCUCUCAUUUACCUGAUGGGUAUUUUAAUCUUACCAAAGAUAUCAACUAUCUUAGCCUUGAGGAGAGCAAUAUAUAUGGUGAGAUACCUUCAAGCUUGCUAAACCUUCAAAAUUUGAGACACCUUAAUCUCUAUAAUAACAAACUACACGGAUCAAUUCCAAAUGGAAUAGGCCAACUUGCACAUAUUCAAUACCUUGAUCUUUCAUGGAACAUGUUAAGUGGUUUCAUUCCUUCAACUCUAGGAAACCUCUCAUCCUUAAAUUACUUAUGGAUUGGCUCUAAUAAUUUCUCUGGUGCAAUUUCAAAAUUAACUUUUUCCAACCUCUCUAGUUUAGAUUCACUAGACAUGAGUAAUUCAAGUUUUGUAUUCCAAUUUGAUUUGGAUUGGGUUCCACCUUUUCAACUCAGUAGACUUUAUUUAGCACAUACAAAUCAAGGCCCAAACUUUUCAUCUUGGAUAUAUACACAAAAGUCACUGCAUGUUCUCGACUUAUCAAGCUCAGGAAUUUCAUUCGUAGAUAGAAAUAAGUUCUCGAGCCUUAUAGAAAGAAUAUCUACUGAACUUAUUUUGUCAAACAAUUCGAUUGCAGAAGACAUAUCUAACCUAACACUGAAUUGUUCCUCAUUAUUUUUGGAUAACAAUAGUUUCACAGGUGGACUUCCAAACAUAUCACCAAUUGCCGAGUUUGUUGAUUUGUCCUACAACUCCUUCUCAGGAUCAAUUCCGCAUACUUGGAAGAACUUGAAAAAACCGAGAGUCAUGAACCUGUGGAGUAAUAGGUUGUCUGGGGAACUUCCAUUGUACUUCUCUUACUGGAAACAAUUGGAAAUCAUGAACUUAGGAGAAAAUGAAUUUUCUGGAACCAUACCAAUCAUGAUGUCACAAAACUUACUAGUGGUCAUAUUGAGAGCUAAUAAAUUUGAAGGGACUAUUCCACAACAACUAUUCAACCUCUCUUAUUUGAUUCACUUAGACCUUGCACAUAACAAACUUUCCGAUUCUAUGCCAAAGUGUGUCUACAACUUGACUGAUAUGGCUACUAUUCAGAAAACUACUGUGUUUCCUACCACAAUUGAGUUCUUUACAAAAGGUCAAGAUUAUGUUUCGAGAAUCCAAAAAGAAAGGCGAACUAUUGACCUUUCAGGCAAUAGCUUGUCUGGAGAAUUGCCAUUGGAAUUGUUUCAGCUUGUUCAAGUUCAAACAUUAAACUUAUCUCACAAUAAUUUUGUUGGAACAAUACCGAAGACGAUUGGAGGCAUGAAAAAUAUGAAAUCUCUCGACCUCUCUAAUAACAAGUUUUUUGGUGAAAUUCCUCAGGGCAUGUCUCUCUUAACCUUUUUGAGUUAUUUGAAUUUAUCAUAUAAUAAUUUUGACGGAAGAAUCCCGAUCGGAACACAACUUCAAAGUUUUAAUGCAUCGAGCUACAUUGGCAAUCCUAAACUAUGCGGAGCUCCCCUUAAUAAUUGUACCACGGAAGAAGAAAAUCCUGGAAAUGCAGAGAAUGAAGAUGAUGAAUCUAUAAGAGAGUCGUUGUAUUUAGGCAUGGGAGUGGGAUUUGCAGUAGGUUUCUGGGGGAUUUGUGGUUCUUUGUUUCUUAUUAGGAAAUGGAGGCAUGCGUACUUUCGGUUAGUUGAUAGAGUGGGUGACUAUCUCUAUGUUACUGUGAUCGUAAAGUUAAAUAGCUUUCGCCGAAGCUGAGCUCCUGCUAGUUAAGGUGAUUAUGCAUGUGGCGAUCGGGCAUUAUUAAUGUUUAUCUAAUCGUGGACAUAAUUGUCGAUACCAGCCAUUCUUGAGGUCAUAUGAGACUGGACUGCUGUUCUUGGGGCUUGUCCUCUCUAAUGUUGCUCAUGUUAUGUAUAUCUCUCUCUCUAUAUAUAUUAGUUUAUGCAGAUAGUUGCAGAAUAAGAGUUUGUGUAGAAAUUUUGCUGCUUUUAAUUUCACAUUAUAGCAAAAGAAAAAAAUUAGUAAUCUACACUAGUUUACAAUAUAGCAUAUGUUUCAAACACAAUAUUCAAAUAAAGGUUACAAUUCCAAGUCUUCCCUGCCUUUUCUUAGUCUUCUUGUUUGGAUGUUUUUCACUUUAAUCAAUCAAUUAUGUCUAUUUGCAUACACAUAAUUGAUUAUGGCCACUUUUAAAUAAAAAAUUGUAAUUAUUUCCUUAUACGUUUAUUUGCAUACACAUUCAACAAAAUCAUGUCUAGCAGCAAAUAGUGGUUUGUAAUGAGAAAUAUCCAAACAAAAAAUAGUUGAUCCUUUUCAACGGCUUUCAAUCUUUAUCAGGUGAUUAUUAAUGUACAAGAUUCUGCAUUUUUUUGCAAAUCGUGGAUAUAAUUUUCCAAACUGAGCGAAUAUUGUCAACAUUUGUAUGAGACAAGAUGAGAUCAUACAUGACUGUACAACUGUUGUAAUGUUUUUAUACAAGUUAGGGAAUGAAUGGAUUCAUGUUG